AUGGCCGACGCACUUCUUUCUGACGUUGUGACCGAAAUUGUGAAGAAGUUGGGCUAUUCUGCUCUAGAAGAGAUCCGAUUGGUGUGUGGUCUCAAAACAGACACUCGCAAAUUGGAGGACACCAUUUCCUUUAUCAAAGCCGGACUUUACGACGCGCAGCAGCAGCCCGCCAAAACCAGCCAGGCUAGUGAUUGGCUCGAAAAGCUCAAAGAAGUCGUUGAUGAUGCCGAUGACUUGCUGGAUGACUUCUCCACGGAAGAGUUGCGGCGAAAGGUGAUGACUAAAAACAAAAAGGCCAAGAAGGUACGUGUUUUCUUUUCAAGCUCAAACCAGCUGUUUUUCAUUGUUAAGUUGAGUCAUAAAGUUAAGGCCAUUCGUGAGAGACUAGAUGCCAUUGCUGCAACUAAAACCAAAUUCCAGUUUAGUGUUGAACCGCCUACAGAUAUGCAACUUCGGAUGAAUAGGAUGGAGGAUAGUCACUCUUUUGUGCCUGCUGAAAAUGUUAUUGGGAGGGAUAAUGAUAAAAAGGCAAUUGUAGAAUUGUUGAUGGACUCCGAGGUUCAAGAGAAUGUGUCAGUGGUUGCAAUAGUUGGGAUUGGGGGGAUGGGAAAAACCGCACUUGCACAAUUAGUAUCUAGUGAUGAAAAUGUCAAAAAACAUUUUGAAAUUAACAUGUGGGUGUGUGUUUCUGAGGACUUUGGUGUGGAACAAGUAGCAAAAAAUGCCAUAGAGAGUGCAACAGGCAAAAAACCUGAGGACCUUCGUAUGGAAGGGGUGCAAAAGAAACUUAGGGAAAUAAUUAAUGGGAAGAAAUACUUCCUUGUGUUGAAUGAUGUUUGGAAUGAGAAUCGUGACCGAUGGUUAAAAUUGAGAGAUCUGUUGAAGAGUGGUGCAAAGGGAAGAAAGAUUCUAAUAACCACCCGCAAUAAAUUAGUUGCAACUACUUCAGGAGUGAAUUCACCUUAUGUUUUAGAAGGUUUGUCAAAGGACGAGUCUUGGUCUCUUUUUAAGCAACAUGCAUUUAAAGAAGAGAGCGAGUGGCGAGUGAAAAUAGGGAAGGAAAUUGUGGAGAAGUGUUCAGGAGUACCUCUAGCAAUAAGAGUUUUAGGAAGCCUAUUAUACUCUAAAGACACAAUGAAGGAGUGGUUGGAUUUUAAAAAUAAAGAUAUAACAGAAAUAGCUCAAGGGGAGAAUACUAUUCUACUAAUAUUAAAGUUGAGCUAUGAUCACCUUCCCUUGCAUCUAAAGCAAUGCUUUGCAUUUGUUGCUUAUAUCUUAAGGAUCACGUAA